GGGCGUUCCGUAGUUGAGAGGCAGUUAUGACGGUGGCUUAGGAGCGUUCUCUCCCCUCUCCUUUCAGGGGUCAAAGGGGAACUCUGCGCGAGAGCUGGAUUCUGCCUUUGCGCCGAGGAGGCCUCCUUCUCGAGAUAACGCCUGAAAAGCCCCAGGUAAAGCCCGGGGACCAGAGCGCAGAGAGAGCUGUAAGAAGUUGGAUGAAGAAGUGCUUCCAUGAUUGACUUCCUGUAUAAAUCUGUAGUUUCCUGAUUCUACUUCGUAUCCUAUAAUCAUGGACUUGUUUAUAUGACCUUCCCAGCCCAUAACAGAUCAACUGGCCAGUUUUCUCAGGAGAUUCACCAACAAAAGUAAAUUAUAGACUGGCUUGAAAAGCAUUCCCAUGGACUUGAUCUUGGCAGUUAAUGGCAUACUGUCAUACAGUAUUAUUUAAAUGUUUCAUGUUGCUUAGUUUUCCUUCUUUUUUCUUGAAGAUUAAUUAGUUACACUGGAUAUGCUGCUCUUCUUUAUUUUGGGAUUGCUUGUACAUUUUGUGUUCUUCGGCUCCAUCUUUGAUAUUUAUUUUACAUCUCCUUUGGUUCAUGGAAUGACUCCUCAGUUUACACCAUUACCUCCUCCAGCAAAAAGAUUAGUACUGUUUGUUGCUGAUGGCCUGCGGGCAGAUGCACUUUAUGAAUUCGAUGAAAAUGGAAAUCCUAGAGCGCCAUUUAUUAGGAAUAUCAUAAUGCAUGAAGGCAGCUGGGGCAUAUCUCAUACACGCGUGCCAACUGAGUCUCGGCCAGGUCACGUAGCCCUGAUAGCUGGGUUUUAUGAAGAUGUCAGUGCAGUUGCCAAAGGAUGGAAGGAAAAUCCUGUGGGAUUUGAUUCUCUUAUUAAUGAAAGCAAGUACACAUGGAGCUGGGGAAGCCCAGAUAUCUUGACUAUGUUUGCCAAAGGUGUUGGUGGAGACCAUAUUUAUACAUAUAGCUAUGAUGCUGAGAGUGAGGAUUUUGGUGCCCAAGAUGUAACAAAACUAGAUACUUGGGUUUUUGAUCAUGUGAAGGAAUUCUUUCAUGCUGCCAGAAACAACCAAUCUUUGUUUUCUAAAGUAAAUGAAGAAAAAAUAGUCUUUUUCUUACAUUUGUUAGGAAUAGAUACAAAUGGACAUGCUCAUCGGCCAACAUCGAGGGAAUAUAAGGACAACAUUAAAGUAGUUGAUGACGGAAUAAAAGAAAUUGUGUCCAUGCUUGAACAUUUUUAUGGAAAUGAUGGGAAAACGGCAUUUAUCUUUACCUCUGACCAUGGGAUGACAGACUGGGGUUUCCAUGGCGCUGGUCAUCCUUCAGAGACUUUAACUCCGUUUGUCACUUGGGGAGCUGGAAUCAAGUAUCCCCAAAAAGUAUCAGCGCAGAAAUUUGAUGAUGCAUUUUUGAAAGAAUGGAAAUUAGAGAACUGGAAAAGGCAAGAUAUCCAUCAGGCUGAUGUUGCACCACUGAUGGCUUCUCUUAUUGGAGUUCCCUUUCCCCUUAAUUCAGUGGGUAUCCUUCCUAUAGAUUAUCUUAACAACACUGAUCUCUUCAGGGCAGAGAGCAUGUUUACAAAUGCAAUGCAGAUUCUUGAACAAUUCAAGGUGAAAAUGACCCAGAAAAAAGAAGCUAUUUUACCAUUUUUUUUCACACCAUUUAAGUUGCUUUCUGAAUCUAAACAGCUAAACAUUUUAAGAAAAGCAAGAUCAUAUAUAAAGCAGAGAAAGUAUGAUGAAGCAGUCUCCCUUUGCAAGGAGCUGAUUCAUCUUGCACUGAAAGGCUUGUCCUAUUAUCAUACUUACGACAGAUUCUUCUUGGGUGUCAAUGUUGUUCUUGGUUUUGUGGGAUGGACGUCUUAUGCUUCUUUGUUGAUCAUCAAGUCUCAUUCCAACCUUACUAGAGGUGUUAGCAAAGAAGUUAAGAAACCAAGCCACCUCCUGGCAUGUAGUUUUACAGCUCUUGGUGUUUUAGUAGCAUUUUUCCUGCUGAUUCAAGACUGUCCCUGGACUUACUACGUAUAUUGUUUGUUGCCCAUCCCCAUAUGGUAUGCUGUGCUGAGAGAGUUUCGAGUCAUUCAAGAUUUUGUCUUAUCCCUGUUGACCUUUCCUCCAAGUCAGUUGGUUGCCUACCUGUUCAUCUUUACCCUGGGAAUUGAAGUAUUAGUUCUCAGUUUUUUCUACCGCUACAUGCUCACCGCUGGACUUGUAGCUUUUGCGUGUUGGCCAUUUAUCACUCAGCUACGGACUCGAGCAAAGAGCAUCUCACUGAGUUGGAUUUUCUUCUCUUUGCUCCUGGCAGUGUUCCCACUGAUGCCUGUUGUAGGACGAAAGCCAGAUAUCUUUCUAGUAAUGGGUGCCGGCUUGCUGGUUCUCCUGCUAUCCCUGUGUGUUGUAACAUCUCUCUUAAAAAGAAAAGAUCAUUUUAUAAAUGAAGAGCUGCUGUUACAUCUAUUUCAGAUGCUGAGCAUUGUGCUGUCCAUGUAUGUUGUGUAUACGACCCAUGAUAGUUUGCUCAAGAAACAAGGACUGCCUCUUUUUAACCAGAUCAUUAGCUGGAUAACAUUAGCCUCUUCCUUCGUCCUACCGCUGCUGAGUCCGACAAGUCUCUUUGAGCGGCUGUUCAGCAUACUUCUUUCCUCCAUGUCAGCCUACCUGCUGCUAAGCACAGGGUAUGAAGCUCUCUUUCCAUUAGUAUUGUCAUGCUUAAUGUUUGUAUGGAUACAGGUGGAACAAGAAACCCUGCAGCAACCCAGUGUUUCCUAUAAACAGAAGGUCACCAGUCUCCAGUUCACCUGCAGUCCUGAUAUUACCCAGUUUCGACAGCUCUAUCUGGAUGAUGUCCGCAGGGCCUUUUUCCUUGUUUUCUUCUUAGUGACAGCAUUUUUUGGAACUGGGAACAUAGCUUCUAUUAACAGCUUUGAUCUUGCCUCUGUCUAUUGCUUUCUGACGGUGUUUAGUCCUUUUAUGAUGGGAGCCCUGAUGAUGUGGAAGAUUUUAAUCCCCUUUGUUCUUGUGAUGUGUGCUUUUGAAGCAGUUCAGCUAACUACCCAGUUAUCAUCAAAAAGGCUUUUUCUCAUGGUUCUCAUCAUAUCAGACAUUAUGGCUUUGCAUUUUUUCUUCUUGGUCAAGGAUUAUGGCAGCUGGCUUGACAUUGGAACAAGGUUCUCUCUUCCUGUAACAUGUUUCUUUUUCUCCUUCUGUAGCAUCAGCCACUACGUGAUUGUCAUGUCUAUGACCAUCGUUCUGGUGUUUCUCAAUGGCCUGGCACACCUGCUCAUGACCAAGAAACUUGAACUCUGUGGCAAACCCAAAAGCCACCUCAUAUGAUACUACUGUCGCCAUCAUUCAACAUCUGGAUCCUGUUUCUCACUCGCCUUUUAAACCAAACUCUUAUCGAGGAUUCUGUAGGAAAAUGGAUGUUGAUAUACAGCAUGUUCUGCUCCUACCAAGAAAAUGAUAUGUAGAAUUCUGAAUUUACAGCUUGUCCGGAAUAAAGGAGCUUCCAUUUUCUUUAGGUUUGUACACGUGGAAUAGUGGUCAUAUCUGUGGCAAAGCAUAGUAAGCUUUCUCCGUUUGCAUUUUCUUCCUUUAGCUGGCAUCUCUUCUCUCUGAUGUUUCAGACCACCUGUAACAGUCUGGUCACCAAUGGGGCAACUCCCCACCCACUCGAAGGAGGGUGUGCUCCUGUGGGGAAGGUCGCAAUCACAUUCAAUGACAGAGAACCUUGACGGGAGUCACCAGGUGAUACCUGAAAUAUUUAUCAGCUCCCAGCACUGGUUUUGCAAGUAGUUCUAUCUACUAAGUGCUAACACUAGAAAGACAAUCAGGAUCUGUCACUCCUGAAGCCUCAGUGGAAACGGUGCUGCCAGGUGUUUGUCAUUGUCCUUAGUGAGCAGCAGGACUGUCUCUGCGCUGUUCCAGGGUGUUCCUCGUGUACCGGCCAGCUGCAGGUUUGACCUUCACUCCUUUUUUUUUUCCCCCAUUUCUGGAUUCCCAUUGGAAUUUCAGGUGAUGGAAAGGUAGAAAAUGCUUGGUAUUUGUAUCUAGUUCAGGGGAAAAUUUUUUAAGGGAAAAUAUUUCAUUGUAGACUCAGUAUCUGUUACCCCCCAUACCUUUUAUCAUGUAUUAUUUCAACAGAAUUCUUGAAGUCAAUGGUUAAACUGACACUACCACAGAAAUCAUUGUUGACAUUGCUUAUUUUUCAUGUUGUAAGAUUCUAGCCCAAAGGCCUAGAGUCCUCUCAUUUAAUUUAGAUUUCCAUCUGUAAACUAAUUCUAAUGGACAAAAUAUUUUGAGAGUAAUUUUUAUUUGGAUUUUUCAUAAAGUGACCUUUAUAUAGCACUGUAGAGUUGGCCUUUUGCCCACGGUGUGCCUGUCAGUUUUUGGCUGAUGGUAAGCUUUGCUGGUCUGAGUCCCAUUUUAAAAAAAUAAUUGCUUUUGAAUUAAAUUAUAGCAUUGCUAACUCACAUUAAUGAUGAAGAAGCCCUCUACAAAUUACUAGAUUUUUCAAAUUGGCAAGUGAGUGAGCAAAUACAAUUUGGAAAAUUCGAAAGUCAGUUUGGCAAAAUGUGCUUCCUAAAUUUCUGCUUCUGAUGAAGUGUGGUUAUAAUUUGUGUGUGGUAGGACUUCAUGGUACACCAAUGACAGCACCAUAGUAAGAAAAGAAAGAGAUCAGUGUCACUAUAGGAUAACAUACAUCAGUCUGUAAUAUACAAUUUCUAUCAACAACUAAGAAACUACUGUUAGCAGGUGAUGACAUUGGCAAAUAUAAAACCCAUGAACUCUAAAAUGUCUCGGAGUAUUUAAUCUGUUUUUAAACAAGUCAGAGAAAACUGACUUUAUAAACACUAGUGCUAAAUUUAACUCCUUUAUAUCCUAUCUACCUUCCAUCUUUUCCCAGAUUUUCACACAGGGGAAUUAAUGAAUAUUUUAUUAUGGCAUUGUAAAAGGUGCUCAGUGCUUUACCUUUAUUUCGUUCUUCAAAGCACAUCUUUUCCUAAUAUGGUUUGGAGUCAGUGUGCGCUUGCAAAGCAGGCAUAUGUCCUUGUGGCACAGGCUGGCGUUGCUGUGCUGUUUAUUGGGAGCCUCAGACUCGCUUGGGAAGAGUUUGCUAGAUGGGCCUUUUCUGUUUGUGCAGCUUGUCAAAUACCUUGAAGUGUUUUGAAAUGCAUAUUUUUAUAUUAAUAACAAAAAAUAAAUAUGAUUUAAAUAUG